GCUGGAGGCUGUUGGCGCUGCUGUUGUGUUGGCCCCGGUGAGGGAGAGGAGACUGGGAGCCGCCGGAGCCGGAGCCGCCGCCCCAGGAACCUCGGGCGGGCGCGAUUAAGCUACAAUAAUGUCGUUCAUCUUUGAGUGGAUCUAUAAUGGCUUCAGCAGCGUCCUGCAGUUUUUAGGACUCUACAAGAAAUCUGGAAAACUCGUGUUCUUGGGUUUGGACAAUGCAGGCAAAACAACCCUUUUGCACAUGCUCAAAGAUGACAGAUUGGGCCAACAUGUUCCAACACUACAUCCAACAUCUGAAGAGCUGACAAUUGCAGGAAUGACUUUUACAACCUUUGAUCUUGGUGGACAUGAGCAAGCACGCCGUGUUUGGAAAAACUAUUUACCAGCAAUUAAUGGGAUUGUCUUUCUGGUGGACUGUGCAGAUCAUCCUCGCCUCCUGGAAUCCAAAGUGGAACUCAAUGCACUAAUGACAGAUGAAACAAUAUCCAAUGUGCCAAUCCUUAUUUUGGGCAAUAAAAUCGACAGAUCAGACGCAAUCAGCGAGGAAAGACUCCGUGAAAUAUUUGGGCUUUAUGGACAGACCACAGGAAAGGGAAACGUGCCCCUGAGGGAACUGAACGCCCGCCCCAUGGAGGUGUUCAUGUGCAGCGUGCUUAAGAGACAGGGCUACGGCGAGGGUUUCCGUUGGCUUUCCCAGUACAUUGACUGAUGUGGGGGCAAUGAAAAUAAAAGCCUUUUACUUCUCUGGA